CUGUUCUAGACAUCAUCAGACAUCAUUUUCCGCGUCUGCACCAUCAACCCCUUACGAUUCUUCUCUCAUUUUCGUAUGCUCUUCCUCCCACUGAUUCUGGACCCUUUACCUGAAGUUGUUUGUCACUGACCGUCGAGAAAGGCUCGCAAUUGAAACGCCAGCCUGUUGCGGCCAACCAGCAACUUCUUUCACAACUCUAUUGCGAGUCUAUUGACGAUCUCGAAGACUCUCCCACGGAGUCGAGGACGUAGCCCGUCACCCCCGUUCGCAAACUCCGGCAAUCCUUCGAAACGAGACCUGCGAGAUGGCCGGUCUACGUCGCACGCAUGCCCUAGGUCUGGCGAUGGCCAUCGUGCUCAUCUACCUGCUUUUCUUCUCUGGUUCCGAGAGCACCGACUUUCGCAAAGUCACCGAAGCAUCCUUAUCCCGUCGCCGCGGCGUACUGAGAGGUUCUCUGUCAGACGCAGAUCUGACUUUCGCGACGAAUCAACAACUACAAAUGAUUCUGGACAAGCAGAAGGACGCGACAAUCGCGAGUUCCGGGAGCGAAGCAGAUGUUAUUGGGAGUAUACCAUCACCUAAGGACAAAGAGAAGCCCAAGUACCCCCUCGAGAGCAGUGCGGCCGGUUCAAGCGCAAAGGUAGAGAAUCCCGACUUGAAGGGAGGCAAGGAAGACAAGGUCGUGGAUGAUGGUGAAGAGAUGGCAAGGGAAGAGUUUCACAGUAUCCUGAAGAAAAGUCCUAUCAUCAUAUUUUCCAAAUCCUACUGUCCCUACUCGAGACGCGCCAAAGCACUUCUCCUUGAGACCUACACCAUCUCGCCCGCGCCGUACGUGGUCGAGCUUGACCUGAUGACGAAGCCUGUUCCAAAACCACACGUUGGCGAUGAAGACGAGGAUAUACCGGCACCUACGCUUGGUCGAAAAUUGCAAGACCUCCUUGCGUCCUUGACCGGCCGUAGGACGGUUCCAAACAUCAUGAUCAAUGCGCACAGCUUAGGUGGCGGUGAUGAUAUUGCGAGUAUGGAUGCCCAAGGCACACUAAUAGACGAGAUCAAAAAGAUGGGUGGGAAGAGGAUUGUCAGCGUGGAAAGAAACCAUAAGGGCGAGAGUUAGGCUCUACUACCAGAGAAGGUACAACACAUUUCUGCUGAGAAUCGACGAGGACUCAAUAUGCAUUCGCAAAUGACCGAAGAAACCAAUCAGCAACCUAGACAAGAGCUACCGGCACAAGGAAGUGCAGAACCACCGAAUGGCGCUCUUCGGAUGAAUCACUCUCUGCUGGCUUUGGCUUUGGUAUGGCUCGAUGGACCUCAUGAAAGUUUCCGAGGUUGCCACAUGGCAGCCCAUUGCACCGGGUAUUUGCUGCAACACUUGCUCCAUGUGGGCACAUUGGUCGCUGCUUGAGAAGAGGAAAAGGCCUUGAGAUGGGUUUCAGCUUUGCAAGUGCGAGAAGAUCUUCGGACCAACUGAGCCGAGGAGUGGUUUGACCGAGCGCACGAAUAAUGUUGGAUCUGAUUGUUGGUAUAAAAUCCGGCCUGGGAUCGGAUGCAAUCGAGCAUUUCUCAACCAUCAGAGAUUUCUGGCAAUCAUGACUCAACCAAUAGCUCUGCCUCUUCAAACCCAGUAAGGGGUAAUUCAGCCAAACCUGUUGCGCGGCUGGAGGAACGAGAUCGGAUAGAGCAGGGACUGGGCCAUGGAUGGAUACGAAAGCGUUGUCGCUUCGAGUGUAUACAUAAAGUCUGGCUUGUGGCUGCGAAUUCACCUUGUCAAUGACAUAUACCAACCCCCUUUGGCACCCUGCUUAGCCAGGGACAUAAUUGUA